AUGGAAACAAGUGCCGCUGCCAUUCAAGAUUGCUCUGAUUGCUCUGGGACACAUGCUGAAAUCGCUUUUCGUUACUGGGAAGUCUUCAAGCAGUCGGGAGAACGGGAAGAACUCGAAAAGUCUAUUACUCACUAUCGUGCCGCUCUCGAACUUUGUCCCGAAGAACAUCCCGAUCAUUCGGACUCAUUGUUUGGCCUUGCAUUUUCUCUUUGGAUACGAUACCAGCGAUGGGGCCAAUUGGAAGAUCUAGAAGAAGCCAUCGAGUUGAACCGAGUUACCCUGGAGCUUCGACCUACAGGUCAUCCUGAUCGCCCUAGCUCUCUCGGCAAUCUUGCAAGCUCUCUGACAACCCGAUACGACCAGCAGGGAGCAACGAAGGACCUCGAAGAAGCCAUUGUGUUGCACCGAGCCGCCCUCGAGCUUCGACCCGAAGGCCACCCUGAUCGCUCUAUGUCUCUCGGCAAUCUUGCACUCUCUCUAAAAACCCGAUACGAACAGCAAGGAGUGACAAAGGACCUUGAGGAAGCCAUAGAGUUGCAUCGAGCGGCCCUCGAGCUUCGACCCGAAGGCCAUCCUGAUCGCUCUAUGUCUCUCACCAAUCUUGCAAGCUCUCUGAGAACCCAAUACGAGCAGCGAGGAAGGACGAAGGAUCUCGAAGAAGCCAUUGAGUUGGACAGAGUUGCCCUCGAGCUUCGACCCGAAGGCCAUCCUGAUCGCUCCAUCUCUCUCGGCAAUCUCGCAAACUCUCUGCAAACCCGAUAUGAACAGCAAGGAGCAAUGGAGGACCUUGAGGAAGCCAUUGAGUUACAGCGAGCCGCCCUCGAGCUUCGAUCUGAAGGCCAUCCUCAUCGCUCUAACUCUCUUGGCAAUCUUGCAGCCUCUCUGACAACCCGAUACAAGCAGCAAGGAAGGACGAAGGACCUUGAGGAAGCCAUUAAGUUGGAGCAAGCUGCUCUCGAGCUUCGACCCGAAGGCCACCCUGAUCGCUCUAUAUCUCUUGGCAAUCUUGCAACCUAUCUGAAAACCCGAUACAAGCGGCAAGGAAGGAUGAAGGACCUUGAAGAAGCCAUCGAGUUGCACCGAGCUGCCCUCAACCUUCGACCCGAAGGCCAUCCUCGUCGCUCCUCUACACUUCGGGGCCUUGCAGAUUCCCUAUAUGCUCAGAUUGAGAAUCAAUGGAAUACAGAGGAGUUUGAGGAGUGUAUACAAUUACUGCACCUUGCUGCUACACAUGAAUUCUCAGGACUGUUGGAUCGCCUCCCUACCACACGACGGUGGGCAACACUUGCACGAUUGCACAAGCACCACACAGCCUUCUCAGCUUACCAAACAGUUAUAUUCAUACUUCAACACGCUCUCACCAUACGUCCAACCCUCCGCGAACAACACGACUUUCUUACUGGUGAGAAUGUCCACGGAAGGCUGAUUUCGGAGGCGGCGUCCUACGCAAUAGAGAAGAAUAAAUUGGAACAAGAAGUAGAGAUACUUGAGCAAGGAAGGGGCUUACUUUGGUCUCAGCUGCGUGGUCUCCGGACUCCCUUGGACCGUCUCGCGCAAACGAACGAAGAACUGGCCGACAGAUUCAAGGACGUCAAUCGCAGACUGGAGCACCUCGCAUUAUCGCAUGAAGCGUCAAUCCCCCGUUCGGAUAUCGACGGACGCGUAUCAUUCGAGCUAGACAAUAGGCCAGGACCGAAAUCAUAUGAUCAGCUAUUGAGAUUAAAGAAGGAACUUUCACUUGAGCAAGAAGGAAUUAUUAACGAGAUUCGACAAGUACCUGGAUUCGAGAGCUUUCUCAAUGCUAUGCCCUUCAGAGACCUGCAGCAGGUAGCGUCGGAGGGACCGAUCAUCAUGGUGAACCAUAACGAAUAUCGUUCCGAUGUCCUCAUUGUCUUCUUUCGUGAAGUCUAUUCCGUAGUCUGCGUUCCAUUGGACGAAGAGUUCUAUAAGGAUAGCACUCAGCUGUGCAACGAACUCGUGGAUACGCGUCAACGGCUCAAAUCGCAUCCUCUAGAAUACGAAAAGAAACUUUGCGAAGCAAUGAAGAUGCUAUGGGAUAGAGUUGUCUCCAAAGUUGUUGGAAAACUGACGGAACUUGGGAUUGCAAAAGGGUCUCGCAUCUGGUGGUGUCCCACGUCGAUGUUAUCCGCACUCCCGUUCCAUGCUGCAGGGCCAUUCAAGGAUUCAGAUGGAACUGCAAAAUACUUGUUAGACAAUUAUAUUUCAUCGUAUACUCCGACACUCGGCGCAUUGCUUAGUGCGCGAUCUGAUACAGGCACGAGUGAGCCAAAAUUGCUUGUCGUUGGGGACACCAUGACGCUGCGGUCAACUCGACAGGAAAUUCGUAAUAUUCGUAACUGCAUGGGUGGUGACAGGCCAGGAACUACGGUGCUAUGCGAUCGCAGAGCGUCUCGUCGUACAGUGAUGAAGAUGCUCCAGAAAGUCACAUGGGUUCACUUUGCUUGCCAUGGUCACCUCGACCCAAAACCUUUUGACUCGUCGUUCAAGCUCGCCGACGGUGGUUUGUCACUGCUCGAUAUCAUCCAAUCUAACGUCCCAAAUGCCGAGUUCGCAUUUCUGUCUGCCUGCCAUACUGCCGAGCUGUCUCAUUCGGGUGUGCACGACGAAGCACUCCAUCUGUCUGCAGCUAUGCAGUUCAGCGGAUUCCGAAGCGUUAUUGGGACAAUGUGGGAACUAUACGAUGAGGAUGGGCCUCUAUUUGCCCGCGUUGUUUAUGAAUACAUGAACGACUGUGAGGAAGGUGAAUUCAAGUAUAAGAGGGCGGCUGGCGGACUUCGGAAAGCAGCAAUAGAGUUGAGAGGACGGGAAGGGAUUCCGACUGAACGAUGGGUUAAUUUCGUGCAUAUAGGUGCUUGA